AUGAAUUUUGUAUCCUAUAAUGAUAAUUGUACUAUAUACAUUGCAUAUAAUCAAAGUGAAUUAGUUUAUACACCACCAAUUUAUAUAUUUUUAGUUGUUCUAAGUCCUAUCGCAUUAAUUAUUAGUUGUUUAUCAUUAACUGUAUUAACACGACCACAAGCAAUACGUUUAGGUUCAAUGCGUAUUAAUUUAAUUACAUUAACAAUAUUUGAAGUAUUAUUAAAUUCUAUGAUAUUUUUAAUAUCAUUAUUUUAUACAACAAAUUUUCCAAAUGAUGAACAAAAUUUAUAUAAAACAAUUGUACAUAUUACAUGUUUUAUAUUAAUUGGUGGUGCAUUAUGUUCAAGAAAUUGGACUAUUACAUUAAUUUCAUUAGCACGUUGUGUAGCUAUAACAAAACCAAUGAUAUCACGUAAAACAUAUUCACAUUUAUUUCAACCAAAAUGGAUGGCUAUAUUUACUAUUAGUUGUAUUUUAACAGGAUUUAUAUUAAGUGCAUUAAGAUUAUUUGAAAUGCAUAUUGAUAUUUGUUUAAAUCAAAAUAAUAAAAUUAUAUUAAUACCAAGUUCAGAAUGGCGUAUUGUAAAAGAUUUAUUUUUUACAUUUCAAUCAGCUAUACCAAUAUUGAUUGUAGUAUUGACAACGGUAAUAAUGUUGAUUGCAUUAUUUCGUCAUAAAUUACCAAAUUUAAAUCAUCAUCAUGUAUCAGAUAGAAUGACAAGACGUUUGGAAACAAAUAAUAAUAAUAAGACUGAGCAUAAUAGUAUUAUUAAUACUAAUAAUACUGCGAAUAAUAAUAAUAUUGUAAGUAAUAAUCGUAGUUAUUCAUGUGCAACAAAACAUGAUUAUACACAUACAAGACAACAACAAAUUUUAUUAGAAUAUAAAUUAAAUGAACGCCGAUUACAUAAUCAGGCUAGAGCUACACGUAUGAUUACAUUAUUAACAGUUAUCUUUAUAUUAUUUGAAGCACCAGUAUUUUUUUGUGUAACAUUUGAAUAUAAAUUUGAUCGUGUACAAUUUGAUUUAGUAACAAAUGCAUUAAAAAGUUUAGUUGUUUUAGAUUCAUGUGCUAAUGUGAUUAUUUAUUUAAUAAUGAGUAGACGUUUUCGUCAAGAAUCUGUAAGAUUAUGGAGAUAUGCAAGAAGACAAACAAGACAAGUGUUAACUAAUCAAUCAGAGGUGAUAUUUUAA